AUGCCUAUGCCUUCUUUCUUCGGUAGUGGUAAAGGGCACUCCCAAAACCGCCUUUCUUCAUUAUCCCCUGCGCAAAACUCUUCAGCCCCCCCCGGCCGCCCAACUAUAUCUGCCCCUCUCUCCAGUCAGUCGGUCUUGGACAGUUAUUCUGGCAAACAUCCUAGUACGACCGUUCAACUUGUACCCAUUGACAAAGGUGCGGCUGAACUGAGUAAUAACAACAACAACCACUACCACCACAGCGACAACAACCCCUCACCCCCCUCCACCUCCUCUUCUCACACCACUUCAACAAGAAAGCUUCUCCACCGAGAACGAAACCCUGGCCCCCCCUCUCCUCAGCCAGAAAGUACAGCAUCAAGUAUCUCUAGACGUAUCUCGUUACGCCAUCACAAGCCUGCGCCUAUUCAGCAUUAUCAGCAGCAGCAGCACUCCGAUAACGGUAGCUUAGACCCUUAUCUUCAACACUCGCCAAUACGAGUCUCUCACUCGGCCGGAGGUUCAAGCAGACCUCAGUCUAUGCUCCCGUCUCCACUCGAGACUGACACAGACACACAGCACUCAUUUGAGUCUGACCAUUUGGCCCAACAGCAACAGCAUUAUAACCACCAGCAACAGCAACAGCAGCAACAGCAGCAACAACAGCAACAGCAGCAACAACAGCAACAGCAGCAACAACAGCAACAACAGUACCAAGAGGGGUAUCAGCAAAACCACCAAGGCACUGUUGAGCACCAACAGCAGCAGCAACACCAGCAACAACACCAGCAACAGCAGCAUCAACAGCAGCAACAUCAGCACCAUCAUCAGCAGCCGCCUCCACAACAGCAAGGGUACUACGAACAACCACACCCGCCGCAAUAUCAGCAAGACUAUCAACAAACAAACUCCCAACAGCAGGACCAAAGAGGUGCCCUGAUGACUCCAGUUCAACAAAAUAAUGCGCCGCGUCGGUCAACGGAUGCUCCCCAUCAGACAGGCCCUCCUUCCCGCGAGGUAUCUGGUUUAGGACAGCAGGGUUAUUCUGGACAAGGAGCACAUCAAAACAACAGAGGGACUGAGCAACAAUCCUACCAGAAUCAAGGUGGGGCUUCCGGAGCCGGUAAUAAUGGUCAAUCACAACUGCCCUAUGACCCAGCAAAGUUCGAGGGACAACAAGGAAGAAUGACACCAGAGAAAUCUGGGGCUGAUGCCCGAUCCGAUGCUCGAGCAGCACAAGCUCCAGAAGCUAUAAAUGUUCCGCAAUUAGUCCAGGAACAUGAAACUUUGCAGGGCAAGUACCGCAAGGUUAAAAACCUUUACUUUGAGAGCAAGUCCGAGAUCGAGCGUCUCCAAAAUACCCUCGCCCACCAGCGUCUUUCUCAAUCACGUACUUCACUGGAUGACAACGAGUAUGUCUCACGUUUUGAACGCCUCGAUGGCGCCAUCAAAAACGUUGCGUUUGAGAUUCGUCAGUCCUGGAAGACGAUUCCAGGAUGGCUCGUAGGUGUCAUAAAUACUGGUGCUGAGCUGAAGGGCGGUCGCGAAAUGACUGUUGUCGGACGAGCUAGUAUCUCCAGAUGGGUUGUUGAUGAAAUUCUCGAACAGUUCUUUCAUCCUGCUCUGGAUAUCAAUUUGAGUACUCAAUUGAAAAUUAUCGAGCAAGGCAUCAGGAAAAACACACCACUGCCACAAUCCAGUGAGGAAGACGAUGCGUUAAGUACACGCGUGUGCAAUUGGAGACUCACUACUCUGGAUGCGCUUCAAGGUGUUAUCAAUGGCAAACAAGCUGCGGAUGUCAAAACUCGUUUGGCCGAGUAUUUGGUUAAGAAAUUAGUCGAAAGUUUACAACAGCACCUUCAUGAGCCGGCGCCGAUGGGCUUGCUUGGGGGCGUGCAGAUGAUUGUAGAUAUUGCUAUAGGCCUUGCAGCAAAUCUUCCCCUUGAGUCUAGAGAAGUAAAGGUCUGGUACCCUCAUCCGGGAGAAAGGUUCGAUACAAAGUUCAUGAAGCCCGAGACGGGUAUUCCACCCUUGGCCGCACCAACAGCCCAAAAACCUACCGGUGACGGCGAAGGUAAAGAAGAUGCGCCGGCGGAUGGAGAAACUCAGGUACCACCGCUCCUGCCGGCCAAGGACGAUCCGAAACCCAUGCCAUCAUCAAGGGCCGGAAUCGGGGGUCUUCCACCACAAACACCGCCCCAACAGAACCCCAAAGAACCUCCCGGGAAGAAGGUCGGUGGUUUCUCUCGAGUGAAAAAGGCACUCCAGGGAGGAGGGAUUACUUCCCCACCGCCAUCAAGUCCAAAUAUGCCCCCCCAGGUACAGCAAAAUGGGCCGGGAGCUGCUGGAAGCCAAGUUUCACUUGCACAGACACCUAGCGCACCAGAGGCCCCGAAGAACGAGAAGGUUAGAGUUGCUGGAUUCAUGGCGGUAGAAGUUAGAGGAAGGAGUAUUCUCGUCAAGGCACCGAUAUGGAUUUAA